UCCAAAUGGUAUUGACUUAUUCAGGUGAUAGUCCAUCGACAGUCUCGCUUGAUCCAACCAAGAACCUUAUUAGUCAGAUAGCCAUGUAUGUUGCAUCAGCUCAUAUGAAGUCGUUGCCCAACAACAUAAGCAUUCAUAUUGACAAUCCAAUUCCGCUGGGAAGGGGAUUGGGAUCAUCAGGAGCGGCUGUAGUUGCAGGGGUUGUUCUUGCCAACACAUGCUGUCAGUUGGGAAUGACUACUUGUGAUAUACUCGAUUAUGCUUGUUUGAUUGAAGGACAUCCAGACAAUGUUGCAGCAUCGCUUGUAGGAGGAUUAGUGACGUGCUAUCUUGGACAGGAUAUUGCCAGUCAAGUCCAACAACUGCAAUCUCAACCCAAUCUGUUUACACCCAAUCAGCAUGUAUCUGUAAAGGACAGUGAUUUGAUUCCACGACCUCCUGCAGGUGGAGCAGUGAUGCAUCGCAAGCUCAAGAUAUCGCAGAUGAUCAAGGUAGUUGUAGGCAUACCAGAAUUUAAACUGGCGACACAUACUGCGCGUAGUGUACUGCCAGCCACGUAUUGCCGAUCUGAUGUGGUGUACAAUAUGCAACAUUUGGCAAUGCUUGUUCAUGCGUUGGGGGAUGACAUACCCAAUGCAAAAGUUGUGAGCAGUGCCAUGCAGGAUAAAGUUCACCAGCCAUACCGCCAGAUGUUGGUGCCGGGACUGGAGCAAGUGCUGCAAUUAACAGAAAAAGAGCUUCCAGGUUUACUGGGAGUUUGUCUAUCUGGUGCAGGACCUACAGUGCUUGCUCUAGCCACGGCCAACUUUGAUGCAAUUGGACAGCUGAUUGUACAAAAGUUUGAGGCCCAAAAGGAUGCACAAGGACAUCAGAUCCAGGCGAGAUAUCUCGUACUGGAUGUUGAUCAUCAAGGGAUUGUUGUAAGCGAUCGAUGAGAUUAUUAAUAAACUCUUGACUAUUGCUUUCAUG